UGUCAAUUCCAGAUUGACACGCUGACCAAUAAAGUAGACAUCAGUUAGGUAACCUAUGGGAUUAUUGUAUCAACACAUGAAAUAACAAAGGAAGUAAUGGUGACUAUGAUUUAAAAUGAUGUUUUCAAAACUUAACCAAUCAGAGUUUGCUAUGCGUCCCUCCACUAUAGAAGUAGGUGCACUUUGACUACCAAGUCACACUGCACCUGACUAUAUCUUGGAACGCUAGCAACUCUGAUGUCAUCAUUUAUUCUCAAUUCUUCUAUUCUAUUUUAAGUGGAGGAUGUCAGCCGUAAAGAUCCCGGAUGCAGGCGGAGACAACAUCACUUUCCUGGAAGUGGAUGGUCAUCUGUACCCCAAGUCCGCAUACCUUGAAUUCCCCGUUGAUGUCAUCAAAGGAAUCCGCGACCUCACCAUCAGAGAGGAUGACGUCUUUGUCUGCGCAUAUCCUAAAUGUGGUACUCACUGGGUGUGGGAAAUGGUCCGCCUUCUUCUGUCAGGCGACACAGAGACUGUUAUAAACAAGGAGAAAUUGAUGCUAGAAUUCACCGAAAAUGACGCCCUAGAGAAGUUCCCGUCCCCGCGAAUUUUAAACACGCAUUGCCUUGUCGAGCAGCUGCCACGUGGUGUGUUUGAGAAGAAGUGCAAAAUCAUCUACGUUCUCCGAAACCCCAAGGACAUGGCAGUGUCGUACUUCCACCACCACAGGAAACUUACCCAUGUUUAUGACUAUCAUGGGAAAUGGGAGAAUUAUUUCCCUUUAAUGCUGGAUGGGAAAGUUGACUUCGGGUCGUUUUUCACAUACCUGAAGGACUGGGCUGCCAUUGGGACAACCCAUCCCGACUUGCCGACCUUGACCCUGGUGUAUGAAGAUCUAAAAGAGGAUCCACUUUUCGGUAUUAGAAAGUUAGCAAAGUUUCUGAAUGCUGAGAAAUCAGAGGAAUUCUACCUUAAAGUAAAAGAGUUGACGAGUUUCAACAAAAUGAAGGAAUCGAAAGGCAAAUUCAUUAAAGCACCUGACGGAACAGCUGUGAUGUACAGAAAAGGUGAAGUUGGCGACUGGAAAAAUUAUUUCACCGUGGCUCAGAAUGAGAUAUUUGACAGAAGAUACAAGGAAAACAUGUCUGAUUGUGAGAUAGACUUUAGAUACACGCUGCAGUAAGAAUCGAAGACGAAGGUGUCCAAUGCCCAUGUAUCUUCACGAGCACAAGAAACAAAUUACUUGCAUGAUCUUGCAUCACAACACGGGCUGUGUACUCGCGGGCAGAUGACCACGGAGUAUGCUGAUCAGUGCGAGACUGUCGGAUAAACGGGUCUAAAUAGUAUUGAUUUAAUCGGUUCCCAUCAUUUGUGUCGGAUAAAGCCGACUGUCGGAUUAACGAGUGUCGGAUUAACGAGACUUGACUUUACUUCAGGACUGAUUUUUAGUUUAGCAUGUGAAGGAAUACUUUCAUUUGAAUACUGACUGAAUGUUGUUUACGAUUCUAUUUGACAUUAUUUCGAAUACAAAAUGUACGAUUUGUGCCAAUUAUUAGGUUCGUGAAAAUAUCUGAUGCUUUGGUGUAGGUGCUUGUGUGUAUACAAUGCUUUCAUAUUCAUAUAAAAAGACUGACGUAAAACAACAUUCAUAUAUUGGCUGAUUCCAUUUCCACAUACAUGACCUGGUUUAGAAAGUUAUGAGAGAUAUUACGUACGUCCCCAAUAUGGUCAUGUCCGUUUUACUAUGUUUUUCUUGAAAAUCGUUACACUCACAUCACUUGGCCCGAAAUAUUUAAUAUCUUGAAGAUCGGUGGUAAGAAAUAUACAACAUUCGUGUGUGUUUCCAUACUGCUGAGCAUUAUCAUAGCAGCGUUAAUUUGUAAAUGAAAUGACUUAUCAGUUUCCAAAAUCGUAGGACACCUCUUCUAAAAGCAGUCUUUUGUAUGAUUCAAACAACAUGAUGAGCAUAUGUGUCUAUGUGUCACUAUCAAAUUGUGAUCAAGGUGUUCCUGUUUCGGUGAGCAUAUAUCCUGUCCCACAAGAGGUGGUGAGGUGAGGUGAAAUGGGGUUUAAGGUCGCGUCCAAGAUUAUUGCACUUAUAUAGCGACGUGCAUGUACGUUGGUUGGUUGGUUGGUUUGUUGUUUAACGCCGCAAUCAGCAA